CGGAAAAUCACAUUGCACCGGUUGGCGCGAAAAUAGAGGAGAAAGAAACCCUAGUUUAUGCAGAGAACCGGUUGCUCUUUCCUAAACCCUCGUUACCCUUUUUCAUCAUCCAUUCUCGAUACUCUCCAAUAGGGCGAUGACGAUGCUCCGAUCUCGCGAAAUACCAUCGGUCUCGGGCAAGCCACGCCCUAAACGACACUCCUCCGAUGUCAUCCAGCCGUCCACUCCCGCUCGGAAACAAGAACCCAGUGCUCCCUCACCCACUAACAAGACUUUCCGGAGGCGAAGUUCUCGUCUUGAAUCUCUGAAUGGGGUUACUGCGAAAGAGGUUAGCAUCUCAGUUUGUAGCAAGAGAAAAUCGAAUGCUGGUGAAAUGUUGUUGAGUUUACGGUCGGGGAAGAAAGUUGCUAAGAGUUGUGAUGGAAUCGAAACCAGUGGGAAUGAUAUAGGAAGUGAGGAAAAUAAGGCUUUUGGGGAUUUGGUUGAAGAAACUAAAAUCGUGAGUAAGGAAAAGGGAAAGGCAGUGAUGGCUGAACAAGUUUUACUAGAUCAAGGUAAGGGAACAGUGGAAGAUUCCUGCCAUGUUGAGAGUUGUGAGAAGCCAAGUAGCUCGGUGAGUAGAAGAAAGUAUACAAGGGAGGAGAAGGCUAAGGGUAUUCAGGUCGACACCAGAGUUGGUGUACAAGUAAUGGAAAUGGAAAUGGAAAUUCAGAGCCCCUCUGUAACUCAACCAUCAGUUAAUGAACAGGAUCAAAAUGGAAAUGCUUCAAGAAAUCAGCACUUUCGUGACUUUGCAGAGAAAAAUGCUUCCAGGUUUGCUCGUUUUGAUGCUGAAAUGGAGGAAGAAGAGGAAUUGUCAGAUAAAGAGGUUGAGCAACAAGUCGAGGAUUGGCCUGGCCCUUUCUCUACCGCCAUGAAGAUUAUUAAGGACCGAGAAGAGAACACGAUUCUGCAUGAUGGUGAUGGUAUUCUUUUCUCCUCCGACAUUGAAAGAUCUUCGCCAAUUGUUUGGGCUCCCAGAAGAAGCGACAGUUUCACCUCUCCUCCUCCGACAGCUCCAUCUCUGCAACAACUAUCCAUGCGAGUUCUUGUCAAGAACGCUGAUGCCAUCACUUCCCUUGACUAUGUUCCAGACGCACUGAGGGUUAAGCUUUGUCAAUUGCUUUGUGAUUCGAGGAGGAUGGACGUCCACUUUCUUGGUCUUCUUGUCCGUGGAUCUCCAACUGGGAUUUGUGUUCCCGACUGCUCAUGGCUCACCGAGGAACAGUUCACCGAGUGUUUUAACAACUGUGACACCAGCAACUUGAUGGUUCUUCAACUCGACCAGUGUGGGCGUUGUAUGCCAGAUUAUGUACUACCAUCCACCUUGGCAAGGUCACCAAAAAGCUUGCCGAUGCUGUCUUCUCUAUCUUUAAGUGGUGCAUGCCGGCUUUCUGAUGUGGGGCUGCGGGCACUUGUUUCCGUUGCUCCUGCCAUUACAUCUAUCAAUCUCAGUCAGUGCUCUCUUCUAACAUCAUCUAGCAUUCACAUGUUAUCUAAUUCAUUGGGGUCAGUUUUAAGGGAACUAUAUCUCAACGAGUGCCAAAGCAUCGACCUGAAUCUUAUUCUGACUGCAUUAAAAAAGUUUGAGAAGCUGGAAGUAUUGUCUCUCGUGGAUCUUCCUUCAGUCACGGGUCGGUUGCUGAGGGACUUUGUUACUGCUAGAGGACAAGCCCUGAAACAGCUCAUUCUGACCAACUCUGUGAAAAUAACCGACUCUUCUAUAAAAGACAUCUCUGAAAACUGUCCUAAUUUAAGAGUGCUUGAUCUGGCUAACGUAUGCAAGCUGACGGAUUGUGCUCUGGGUUACCUUGCAAAUGGUUGUCAAGCUCUGGAAAAAUUGAUUUUUUGCCGCAACUCUUUCAGCGAUGAAGCUGUAGCUGCGUUUGUAGAAACCUCAGGCGGUUCUCUGGUGGAACUGUCACUAAACAACGUCAAGAAGGUUGGCCACAACACGGCCUUAUCCCUUGCUAAACUUUCAGAAAAGCUGCAGAUUUUGGAUGUUUCCUGGUGCAGAGAUAUGUCCGACAAUGCACUAGGCUACAUUGUCGAUAGCUGUUCAUCUCUGAAAGUGUUGAAAGUGUUUGGAUGCACUCAGAUUACGGAUGCAUUCGUUCGAGGUCACUCGAACCCUAGUGUCAAGAUCUUAGGUUUGAAGAUGGAUCCCUUCUUGGACCACCUUGCAGAUAGAUGAAAAGGACCUAAUCUUAUCUCUCUGCGUUGUUUAUUUUUGGGGGAAAAUAUCAGAGACGAUUUUACUAUUUUGUCUGAACAUCCACCUUUUGGUCUUUAAUCUAGUAUGUAUAAAUAGCUAUCGAUAAGAUUUUCGUUUCGUGAUAUUUAAUCAAUUACGGAAACUUAAUU